CCCCCACCACCUCUCUCUCUCUCAACCGUACGCGGAGACACACAGGCUCCUCUCCUCCUAGUGGCUGAGAGGUUGCUAUAGCAAUGGUUGCCGUGAUGCAAAUGUAGCGUCCUGAAAGUUGUAGUUGUGGAGGUAGUGGCGGGGUGGGAGGAGGUGGCAGAGGCAGCGGUGCAGGUGAACAUUCAGGGAUGGGCAGUGCUCCGUACCCGGCCGGAGAGUGGAAAGGGAAGGGGAGAGGUGGCCUGCAGGAGCUGGGCUGUAUGCCCUGGAAGGUUAGCAAGCAGAAAGGAGGUGGAGGCGGUGGAGGAGGAGAGGUGGUGGUGGUGGGAGCAGAGGAAAGGAAGAGUAGGGAUCCCAGGGACUCUCAGCAGCAGCAGCAACAGCAGGAUCUCUCAUCUUCCUCCUCCUCCCUCACCCCACCAGCACCUACUCAAUCCUCUCUGACACCUCCACCCAUUUAUCACGAGAAGCAGCGGAGGGAGCUGUGUGCCCUGCAUGCACUCAACAACGUCUUCCAGGAUGGGACAGCUUUCAGUCGAGACACCCUGCAGGAGAUAUACCAGAGGCUCUCUCCCAGCACUCUGGUGACGCCUCACAAGAAGAGCAUGCUGGGAAACGGGAACUACGAUGUAAAUGUCAUCAUGGCAGCGCUGCAGACCCGAGGGUUUGAGGCAGUUUGGUGGGAUAAAAGAAGGGACGUCGGCAGCAUCAAGCUUACCAACGUGACGGGCUUCAUUCUCAAUGUGCCAUCCAACCUGCGCUGGGGGCCGCUCCGGCUGCCACUCAAACGACAGCACUGGAUUGGAGUCAGAGAGGUGGGAGGAGUCUACUACAACCUGGACUCCAAGCUGCGAAGCCCUCAACCCAUCGGCAACCCGGAAGAGCUUAGGAAGUUUCUGCGCCUACAGCUGCGAGGGAAGAACUGUGAACUCCUGCUGGUCGUCUCGGAGGAAGUGGAGGCGCAUCAAACGUGGCGCUCCGACGGCUAACGGUUCAACCAGCCGCUCACAGAUGUCCCAACAGGCCAAUAAUCCCAGGACGAAUGGGAGAGGAAGUAGAAGCGUGCGCUGCUAGACACGCGGAUACACACCUACAGACUUUUUUUUUUUUGGCUCUUUUUUUGGGUUUUGUUUACACGGCCAUUGCUGGGCUCUAAUCUGAUGAGAUGCAAAGCAGUGAAGGAAACAAACACUUUACAGGGAGAAUCACAGACUUAUUAUUCUGUUUCUGCUCUUUUUUUGUGUUUUUAUAAAUAUAUAUAUAUAUAAUGACUAUUUUUCAGUGUCAAUUUUGACACUGUUGAUUUUUCUUUUUAUUGUUCAUAUUUGCAAAGUCAUGGAGAUUCAGGCUUCUUGAAGCAGAACGCCGUUUAUCUGCCCCGUCCCCCAUCAGUGACUCUCCCUGCUUUAAUCGUGAUGUUCAUUACUGUGUCGGCGUGUUUCCGUGUCCACCUGUACGUCGUGAAUCUCCCUCUAUCUGUGCAUUCACCUCCGUCCUCUUUCACCAAAGUGUGCCCCCCUCUCCUUGCCACAGCGUGACUCCUUCUCACUCCUCCUCGUCCUCGUCUCAGUCGCUGUUUUCCCAUCGGUGAUAUUUCACGCUGCCAAUUUUCUAUUUCACCCCCUUUUCAAACACUUCUUUUCCAGUACAGACUGAGCCUGCAAUCAGCAAAGGCUGUGCUGUCACAACAGUUUUACAAGGCAACAAAGCAAUGCAACACCCAGGCUAAGCACUCCCUCUAGUGGAGGUUUUGCCUCAUUUCCCCCCCUCUCCAUUUCUUGCUUUUUCCAACUGGCAACUACAGUACACUUCCCAGCCCAAAAAAAGACAAGUCAAAUACUCUAAUAAUCUGUGCUGUACAAGCCUGUGUUUUAAUCUGGGUUUGUCAGGACAAAGUUCAGCGUGCCCUCCUCCUCAAAAAAGGUCAGAUUUUUCAGGCUUAUUCUAAUAGAACAAUGUCAUGGUUUAUCAAAUUGUAAAAAGAGUGGUUUAGAAGGCAUGAGUCAUCAUUUUCACACAUGGAUUGGUCACCAGAGUCCAGACUUUAGCCUUAUUGAUAAUCUGGAUUUAUUGAUAACAUAGGGGGUCAAACACCAUCGUAUUAUACAAGAUCUUGGUGAAAAAUGAAUGUAAAAUGUGGAUAGAAAUACCAUAAAGCGAGAGAAUGUUUAGGGUAUAAAGGAAUGAAAUCCGGUUGUGAUCAAAGAUAUCAUCAAUUCUAAUGACGAUGAUGAUCCUUUAGUACAUUUAUACUGUGUAUGUAAAAAGUAAUUCCAGAAUGCUCAUCAGCAGAUUGAGUUGGUGCAGUUGUUAAUCUACAGUAUGAGUCGAUGGUCAGAAAAUGAAACUAUCUUUUAAGUUCUGUAAGUGUUUGCUGCUUCAUGUCGUCUUUUAAGACAAGCAAUCAGGAACAUUUUAUGAAAAAGUCUGUCACUUGCGGUAUACACGUCACCCAAAAGAAUCUGAAAUCCUGUUUUUGAAGCCUCCCGAAUCACGGUUUGCAACCAGGCUCCAUAUUGGACGACACAAGCGUUCAAUCAGACUGGCGUCCAUGUCAUCGUCUGUCUUCUCAAAAUGGGAACAGAAUUCUUAAAAUUGACGUCACGCUCUAUUGAAGGUGACCUGAAACUAAGGAUUAAUCGUGGAAGUUUAAUUAUUGACUUCCAUUCAAAUGGACAACCAAUGGUUGUCGCCCUCUGGUGGCUGUUCAGUAUAUUGCUACUCCUGCGUUGUAUUCUGCAUGGAAGCUUUUUUUUGUUAUGUACAGUCCAUGGUUGCAGCCUUUUGCCACUUCUCCACUACAUGGCCCCGGCACGACUCCACUCGGCACAGCAUGGCAUGUUUGUUCUUUUCCGCUUUUCCAUUAGCGAUAGUACCUGGUACCUGUUUUUUUAGUACCUGCUUUGGCGAGGUUCCAAGCGAGCUAAGCUGAUACAGUGCAUGACCAAACUGUAGAUCAAUUUAAAUGACUUCAAAAUCCUCAAAACCUUCGUAAAUCUCCCAACAUUUAGCAAAGGUCAAAAUCUCAAUAUUUAAGGAUUCUGGUGUAUUUAGCGAUAGCUGGGAGUUGGGACCACGUAGUGGAAAAGCGGCAGUAGUGUAGAAGUUAUGUGGUAACUAAUAGACUUAAUCUGCUGAUGAGAACCAUUUCCCACUUAGCAGUUUCAAAAACUCGGUAAACUAACUUUAAUUCUGUUGUAUCACUUGUUUGUUUACAACCACCAAAUAUAAUUUGAGAGGAGACUUAAUUUGGUCCUUCUUUUUGUCCAAAGGAUUUCCACCUCUGUUUCCCUCUGUUGCACCGCAGUAGAGGGAAAAAUCUCCGAUCAAAUAUCUCCAAUCAAACCUGCCAAAUCCAGCUCUGACAGGACGUCGCAGUUUGUCCCGCGGAGUCUGUCUCACUACAGUCCAGAGUGAUCAGUGAAGUUUUUUAGUUAAGGGUUGUUUUUGUGUAAAGUAAAGCUGUCGGUUUGAGAGACAGUGCAGUACAACUGAGUAUUGGAUUUAAAAAAGAAAAAAAAUAAGUGGAAAGACAGGUGAAUGUUGACUGAUGUGAGUCGUGUUGGUCGUUUAUUGUGAAAUGGGCUUUAAUGAGAGUGUUGCAGUCGUACAGAUUUGUACCUAAACAAGUGUUGUGUGUUCACGACAAUGUUGGCCUUAACUUGUUUACAUUAGAAAAGAAAUUAUAUAUAGAUAUAUGUGUUGCUCUGAAAGAUUAAGCGAGGCUGUGCAGUUCGAUGCCAUUUCAGGAGAUAUUUUCCAAAGCACCAGUCCUAAAGUUAGAGGAGAAGCAGCUGACGCUCAACCCCCAGAUUAGCUAAUAAUCUCCUGCUGAUGUUCUCACGUGUGCAGCCAAGGACUUUAUGUUAUUUGAAUGAUUUUUUUUUUUUAUAAAGAUGAUAUCACAUGAUAUAUUUUUUUUGUUUUUUUUAAUGGUGCAUGCCUUAUUUUUUUGAAAGGAAACUCGAUUCCAGUCCGGUCUGCAGACGUUCAGUGUCACGUUCAAGUGAAUCAUCAACAGGGUUGAGGUCUUUGCACGCGUUCACGUCAUUACUCACGUCAUGCAGUCUCACAAGUGCAUUCAACUUUUAUUUUUAUUUUUUUUGCCAUGACAAUCUGUUUGGCUCUUCUUGUUUAAAUGGAAUCUUGAUUGUCUCUGUAUUUUUUUUUUUUUUUGGUUUAUUUUAUUUUUAUUUCAAUUUUUUUUGCAUAUAAAAAAAUAAAAAAGCUUAUAAUGGCACUUUAUGUAUAA